CUCCCCGGCCGCAGAAUAAUUCGUUUCAGAAUCGCGUCCCAAUAUACAUGUGAAGCGCAUAUUGUCAUAACUAAAAAUAACAGUUUUAAUAUUGUGCUGUGCUGUUGUGCUGUGCUAGUUCUGUGUCCUGGCAUGCCCUGUGUCGGCUGACCUUCAGGUGGUAUAGCGUGUAGUGUGGACGCAUCAUGCUGCAGCCAGUGAGGAUGAUGUUGGAUGAAGAUUCAGCUCAAGUCACUUAGAGCAGCCAUCAUGAAACACAUCACCAUGUUCCAGGCCGUCCUGAUAACGGUCUUUAUUAUAACGAUACAUGGACACGUUAAGGGUGAGGAUGCAGUGCCACCCCAACGAACUCCCAAUGGAACUGUUGAAGUACCGGACCCUCGUUCAGCCAUCGGUCGCGUGCCUCCUUACCAGCCGCCUGCCAUCGGGCUCCCGGGCCCCAUGCAAGUCCCCGGCUUCCGACCCCACAACCCUCACACUCGAGUAGACGGCUGGCAUCCAAAUGGCCGCAUUAGUUCCAAAGGAUCCUACGUGAUCGCCGAUGACCUUGAAGAUGACGAUGACGGCGGAUGUCACAUAUCAUGCUCCAAAGAAUUUUUUUCUUGUCAGACAUCAUGCAAGUGCAUACCAAUGGAGAAGCGUUGCGAUGGCAAAGUCGAAUGUGUGGACGCUGAGGACGAGGCCGGCUGCACUCCGUCGUGCGACGAGCACGACAACCGAACCAUCUGCCUCAACACCAGGGUGUGCAUCGCGAUCGAAUGGAUCUGUGACGGUGACAACGAUUGCGACGAUUUCUCCGAUGAGACACAUUGCGGAGGUGUGACGAAUUGUACUUCAGAUCAGUUCCAAUGUGGCAACGGACUGUGCAUAGAUAAAGACUGGGUCUGCGAUGGUGCUGAUGACUGUCGUGACAACUCCGACGAGAUCCAUUGCCCCAAAGGAAAAUGCCGAGACAACCAGUUCACCUGUCUGACGGGAGAGUGUCUGGCGCUUCACUGGCGCUGCGAUAAGGAAGCUGACUGUCCUGAUAACUCGGACGAAUCCGAAUGUCCCGUGGAACUGUUACAAUGCGGCGAGAAUGAGAUCCAGUGUAACAACAAGAAGUGUGUGAGAAAAGAUUUCCAAUGUGACGGCGACAACGACUGCGGCGAUUGGACCGACGAGGACUCCUGUCCCGUUCUGCCCGGAAGUUGCAGUUCGUCUGAAUACAAAUGCAAGGAUGGUAAGUGCAUCCCGGAGCGUUGGAAAUGCGAUGCGGAGCGCGACUGUGAGGACGGUGAUGAUGAAGUGAGCUGUGAACCGCACGGAGUCAGGAACUGCACCGUCGACGAGUACACUUGCAUUGAUAGGCGAUGUAUAUCGAAAACUUGGCUCUGCGAUGGACUUAGGGAUUGCAGCAAUGGAGAAGAUGAAUUAAACUGUGAAGUAUUUUGUGAGAAGGAUCAAUACAUGUGUAAAUCAAUUAAAAGCGACGCAUUCAGAAACUGCGUAAAUAGGAAACACGUGUGUGAUGGUAUGAAGGACUGUCCUCAAGGAGACGACGAAGAGAAAUGUCCCACAAAAAGAAAGUGCCGGCCAGAUGACAAAUGUGAACGACAAUGCAUUACAACCUUCGAUGGUUUCCCAGCUUGCGCAUGUCCUAUUGGUUAUUUGUUGGAUAAUAACGGUUAUAGCUGCCAGGAUAUAGACGAGUGCAUGUACGAACAAGACCCAGUUUGCUCACAAACCUGUUCAAAUACCCUCGGCAGUUACAUGUGUGGAUGCAUGACUGGUUAUGUGCUGAGACCUGAUGCCCGGUCUUGUAAGGCUACCGGGGAGUCACCCACUUUAUUGUUUUCUAAUGGUGUUGGAAUACGACAGGUCUGGCUAACUGGAGAAAACUACAUGUCAAUUUUAAAAGGCUUACACAAAGCUAUGGCUCUAGACUAUCAUUACAAGAAAAACCUCGUAUUUUGGACUGAAAAUAACAUGAGAGUGAUAAGAGUUGCGCCGUUGGAUAGUAAUAAUAUGACGGAUGUGGUUAGGUGGGGUAUAGAAACACCAGGUGGUUUAGCCGUGGACUGGAUCCAUGAUCUUCUCUUCUGGACAGACUCUGGCACAAGACGAGUGGAGGUGGCCACGCUGGACGGCUCCCAGCGAGCAGUUCUAGCCGCUAGUGACGUCGACAAGCCACGAGCUAUAGCUGUUCAUCCCGGAGAUGCUCUCGUCUUUUGGACUGAUUGGGGACCUAAUCCAAAAAUAGAACGUGCAAAUAUGGACGGUGAUAAUCGCAAGAGCAUUAUAGUCCAUAACAUAUUUUGGCCCAACGGCUUGACUAUUGAUUAUACUGAAUCCACCAUUUAUUGGGCCGAUGCUAAGCAUCAUGUUAUUGAAAAAGCAUCCUUCAACGGUUUGGACAGGAAGCGCAUUAUAAACAAGGGCUUACCUCAUCCAUUUGCGUUAACAUUGUUUGAGGACGCCAUAUACUGGACCGACUGGCACACGAAGAGUAUUUCAACUGUCAAUAAGAAAACUGGCAUGGGCAUGCAGACUGUCCAUGCGAGUUUAUAUGUCCCCAUGGAUAUACAGAGCUUCCACCCACUCCGUCAGCGCUCGUAUAAGAAUCGUUGCGUCAACAAUGGCGGCUGUUCUCACAUGUGCCUCCCAGCGUCGUCUGAACGAACGUGUCGCUGCCCUGUAGGGUUCAACCUUAAUUCGGACGGACGAACCUGUGAAGAAACUCCAGAGAAGUUACUUCUCUAUGCUCAUCGGAAGGAUAUACGACUUAAGCAAUUAAAUCCACGAAAGCACAUGGACUCCUUGGAUAUGGUUAUACCAGUUGAAAAUAUUAAGUCCGCUGUAGCUCUAGACUGGGAUCACAACAGCAAUUCUAUAUUUUGGACUGAUGUAGAAAAGGACACGAUUAAUAAAGCCUUCUUGAAUGGUUCUCAUCAAACUAUUAUUGUUGGCUCAAACUUAAUAUCCCCAGCCGGACUUGCUUAUGAUUGGCUAACAAAUAAAUUGUAUUGGACCGACGCCGGCACUAACAGGAUUGAAGUAGCAAAUGCAAAUGGUAGCAUGCGGACCCUGUUGGCUUGGGAAAAUAUUGACAAACCUAGAGACAUAGUGCUUGAUCCUAUCGGUGGUAUAAUGUAUUGGUCCGAUUGGGGCUCUUCGCCCUGCAUUGAGCGCGCAGAUAUGGAUGGUGGCAAUAGACAACGUCUCAUCUUUGGUGACAUGACGUGGCCGAAUGGCCUUGCGCUUGAUUUACCAAACAAACGCAUAUAUUGGACCGAUGGUGGUAAUCGUACCAUUGAAUAUGCUAAUCUAGAUGGCACUGGUCGUACUGUUUUAAUAGGUCAAGAUCUAACACAUCCUUUUGGGCUUGAUUUAUACGGUGAUGAGGUAUUUUGGACCGACUGGAACACCCAGUCCAUCCAAGCCGCAAACAAGUAUACUGGAAAACAAAGGAGAACAUUGGGAGCUGGUGUCGAAGGGCUUAUGGAUGUGAGAGUAUUUCACAAGGAACGGAUGAGCAGUAGAAAUCCCUGCAGUAAUAAUAACGGAGGCUGUUCACACUUAUGUUUAUUAAAACCAAUGGGGCGGAGUUGCGCUUGUCCUAUUGGUAUUAAAUUAAGCAAUGAUGGCAGAAUUUGUACGAAUGGACCAAUCAACUUCUUAAUCUUUGCUCAUCGCGUUGAUAUACGUAUUGUGUCUUUAGAUGUACCGUACCUUGUCGAUGUUGUUCUACCGUUACCUGCUCUAAAGAACGCUCUUGGAGUUGACGUUGAUCAGAGAACUGGACUUAUAUAUUGGACUGACACCGGGGAACGAAAAAUAAAACGGGCUAACAAAGAAGGUCAUCAAAAUGAAACUAUCAUUGGACGAGGUCUUCAUACUGCUGAUGGAAUAGCUAUUGAUUCAGCCGGGCGAAAGAUUUAUUGGACUGACGGUGGAAGAAAUAGCAUCGAAGUUGCAGAACUUAACGGCACAAAUAGAAAAGUUCUUGUGUGGACUGGGUUAGAUUCUCCGCGAGCUAUAGCAUUGCAUUACGAUUACGGCUUUAUGUUUUGGUCUGAUUGGGGAACUUCAGCGAAAAUCGAGAGAGCUGACAUGGACGGGAAAAACAGACGAAUUAUUGUCGAUAACAACAUCAAGUGGCCGAACGGACUAGCCAUCGACAGAAUUGAAAGUCGCCUGUACUGGAAUGACGCCAAGGUUUUGACAAUAGAAAGCUCAAACUUUAAUGGACACGACCGUCGCACUCUUCUCACUCAGGUUCCUUAUCCGUACGGCAUCGUGAUCGUCGGACAACACAUUUAUUGGACUGAUUGGAAGACAAAAGCAUUGCAUAGAGCAGACAAGUCCAAUGGAAGAGAACAAUUGAAGAUAAGGGAAAAUCUUGAAGGACUUAUGGACAUAAGAGCUAUACAGGGCGAUCACAUUUUAGAAAACGCUUGUGGAAAAAAUAAUGGUGGUUGUUCUCACCUCUGUUUACGCUCGCCCCAAGGUUACACGUGUGCGUGUCCGACAGGAUUAUUAUUUAAGAAUGAGUCGGAACUUAAUCCUAAAACAUGUAAGAAACAUCCCGAUAAUUUCCUUGUAUUCGCCGCCAGAGGAAGUAUUGCAUUGAUAUCACUAGAUACUCCUGAGCAGUGGGAUAUUACGUUGCCAGUCAAGGAUAUACAAAACUCAGUUGCCGUGGAUUAUCAUUGGGAACGGAAAUUGAUAUUCUUCACGGAUGUCUAUCAUAAUGAGAUACGAUCAAUAGACAUGGAAAACAUGAGCGAUUCCAGAGUCAUCGUGAACACUGGCCUUGACACACCUAAUGGAUUGGGAGUGGACUGGAUUGCGAAUAACAUCUACUGGACCGAUAAUGACUUCAAGGUCGUGGAAGUAGCAAGACUUGAUGGUUCAUCAAGAAAAACUCUUAUUACUGGCCUUACGGAACCUAGAGCUUUGGCUUUAUUCCCUGCUAAGGGCUUCCUAUACUGGAGUGACUGGGGUGAGAGUCCUAACAUUGAAAGAGCUUCUUUGGAUGGUAGUCAAAGAAGAAUUAUAGUGAAUCAUGACUUAGGCUUUCCCAACGGCAUAACAAUUGAUUAUAAAGACAGGCGACUUUACUGGACAGAUGCUCUAAAAGACAGAAUUGACACGUCUGAUUUGAACGGCCAGCAUAGGGUUCAACUUAUACCUGAAGCUAAGAAUCCAUUUGGAAUGACUCAGUUUAAUAACUACAUUUAUUGGACCGAUUGGUAUAAAAAAUCAGUGAUGAGAGCAGAUAAGAGAACUGGUAAAAACGUGACGGCAAUACGAACAGAUUUAGAGAUGGUCAUGGAAAUUAAAGCUGUGUCUUCUGAGAAACAACACGGUUGGAACCCAUGCAAGGAAGAUAACGGAGGAUGCUCACAUUUGUGUUUGUUUAGAGGACAUGAUUACGUUUGCGCUUGUCCAGAUGCUUUUGAUGACAAAGUUUGCUCAACGACUCCAAAACUCCGCGUUGAUUUACGAAUGCCAGCACACUACCCUUCAUUCUACGACUACAUGGACAUCGAGAUCGGUAACAAAAUUGCAAUGCAUCCCACAACAGCGCCAUCCACUAAUAUCGGAAGUAUUGUAAUUGGAGUGGCAGUUGCAGUUUUUAUAAUUCUUGCGAUAUUAACAACUGCUUUUGUAUGCUUUAAAAUGCGACGCAAUCGAGACGGUGAGAUAAAGGAAAACUACCGCGAGUCAAGCGGACACAUUUCCUUCCAUAAUCCCAACUACAGCUGUGCUACGAUGGUAGGAGAACCCGCGGAGAGAAGGCAGAAUAGGUUCCAGGGUAUAUUCAAAUACGAUAAAAGUCAGGGGCGUGUAACUAACGUGUACAUGCCGGAGGGCACGAGCCUACUACCACCAGCGCCUCCUCCACCCCCACACCGAGUCCCUCCACGACCAGCAAACGAUGACUUCGAACCUGUCACUCUACACCCAUUCGCUUGAAGGACUAUGAAGUAUCCACGACACGCUACUAUACGACGCAAUUUAGACGAUACGCGGCUUUGUUUGAUUUAGUAUAAUCAAAUAAAGUCACUUUCGUCUCAUAGUUAUUGAUUAGAGCUGGUAGCUAGCGGUAGAAGCAUUUGUAGGGUAGAUAAACAUCUACUGUUGUUAAAAAUGACCGGACAUACAGUAUUGUAAGACGGUAGGUAUAUAUCAUACAGAAGGUUACCAACAUGUACUUUAUUUGUAUUUUAAUAAUGAUCGCAAGAUUUCCAGUCUUUAGAGGCUAGUUUAAUAUCAUUUUUGAAUUUUACACUUAUUUCCGUUUCUAUUUAAUACAAUAAGUUUAUAAAUAUCACUGAAUGUACGAUUGUGAUAAUUUGUUUUUAUCUUUUAUUAUAUAUCAUGAGUUUAAAAUAACUUUUGUCAUGCAAAGUUGUAAGUCAAUUUUAUAAGAGAUAUAUACAUAUAGUUUAAAAUAAAUAUGCAUGUACAAAGUACGCGAAACAUCCUUGGCCUAAACGAGUAAAACUUAAAGCGUCUUAAGUUGAUUCAGAUCAAUAUAACAGUGGAAAUGCAAAGCCGAUAACAUUUAUAUAAAAAAUAACGUGUAAAUAGAUAUCGUAAAAAAAUAUUAUGAAUGUCCCAGUAAAGUAGAAAACGGUAAUUAUUAUAAGGAUGUCGUAUUAACUAAUCCUUAGACGAAAUACUGUACCUACAUGUGUCACCAGCUAGGUCUCGCUUCCUUUGUUACAGAGAUGAGGUAAUAUCUAAGAAUUUCUAGUAUAGUAUUCUAGUUCAUUUAAUGAUAAUAAAUUAUCACAUAUAAAUAACGUAGGAUGUAAGGAAAUGUUUGUAUUAUUUUUGUAUCUGUCGUCUUUACUGGCUUUCCCGAGGCUCAGGGGAAAACAGCGAAGCCGACUGUUGUUGGCACAAUGUUAUGAACACUUUGUAACAGUAAUAUUACGUAGGUGUAAGGGUACGGGCGACAACUUAUUAUGAUUUAUAUACCUUAAUCAUUUACCACCGCGAUGAACCAUGUCCCUCGUUUGUUUCCGACACAGUACUGUCUUAUUGUUAGUAUUAAUUCACCACGGUAAUAUGGUGACAAUAAUAUAUCAAUAUAAAUAAAUUAGUUCUAAUCGCGACGUCUCGUCUGACCGAUUUGUUAAAUUAAUUUUAUCAUGUAAUAACGUGAAUAUCUAUUUUGUUCGAGUAACGGAAUUUUUAUGAUGGAAAUAUAACUCAUAUCAACAUCAUCGGUUAAGACUUAAGAUCUAUAUUUAAAGUAUAAUUAUUGUGUUAUACAGCGUGUAGGAAUAGUAUCGAUGGGUGGCGGGUCCUGUCCGAUUUUGUCACGACCGCCACCUUGUUAUCCGAUGGCUCGAUAUUAUUUCUUUCGACCGUCAUUGUGUUACGUCUCUUUUUUUGGACACAGUCAUAUUCCCGCCACUAGCGUGCACGUCACAGGGUGUUUUAAUCUAAGGUAGAGUUGCGACGUCAGUUAACAGUCACUGACAUGCUUCUACUCUGCGUUUUUAUAAGCACAACAUUUUUAUUAUAGGUAUAUAUAUAUAUAUAUGUAUUGUUUUGUCGACCUCAGUCGACACCAUAAGGAUAACAAUAGUUUAUACGUGUUUAUAUAUUAUAGUAUAAUAUUCAGAACUUCGGUUCUAUAGUCGUAAUAUACACACAGAUUCCUUCAGCUACUUGUAAGUACCGUAUUGUUCUUUAAAAGAAUACUAAAUCGUAACUUGCAUAUAAUGUAUGUUGUUUCGUUCUGAGAUGUUUAUAGUACGCUUCACUGGAUCCCGCGAUGUGUGAUUCGUCUUGCAACGCGUUACGCGACCCGUCCUUUAUUGCUUUUCUAAACGAAUCUAUUCAUUCGUCGCGAUCGCCGGAAGCCAUAUCUAAGGGAUUCCUUCUCCUAUAAAACGUCUACUAUUUAUACUAUAGAAUAUUUUGAACCCAGGACGCUGGUAAGUUUAUGUGUAGAUAUUAUUUCUCGUACACGGAGCCCUUAGAUCUGGCCGAGUCGAGGGUGUGGUUUUAUAUGAUGUUUGGCAAUCAUUUCUCAAGACAGACAUAAAAUUGAGAUUACUUUCCCUUUUCGAUUAUUUUAUAUAGAUUAAGGGGGAGAGUCAGUGCUGUGAUACAGAUGUUUUGUGGCUAACGAGUGGGUUAUAAGUGAGUUUAAAUAUAUAUAUUAUAUAUGUAUAAUAUAAUUUAAAUUUAUUUAUUUCAUAAGUCCGUUUAGUAACAGGUGCUAGAAACGCACACGUUAUUUGGUAGCGUAAAUAUAUUUUUCAAUAUUUAAUUUUAUAUACAGUGCCAAAUUCGUUAUUAUUAUUUAGUUCGUUUAGCGUAAUAUUAAAGUUAAAAUAAUUCAAACAGCUUUCACACCUUUGGCCUCCUCAACGAGGUGUCAAAACUGUUUACGAAGUUUAUUACUGUACUGAAAUUUAAAAUAGAAAUUAUUCAAGUA